CCUGCAAGUUGGGAGCGCGCCUCUCCGCCCGGGAAACUUUCCCCCGCGGCCGCCGGCGAGUUGGCGCGGGGUCCGGCCGCCGCUGCAAGGACUUUAUCCUGAAGCCAUCAGCAGAAGGAGACCUCGAGGGGAUCUUGUCACCUGUGGACCGAAAGGGAAAGAGGCCAAUCGGAAGAGGCGCACCUCGAGCCUGCUGGUACCCACGCUCUGAGCCCACCAGCAGAGCCGCUCUUGAAGAAGAUUCUAGAAACACGGGCACGACCCUUAGAAGACUUCCCAGUGCCAUCUACCAGGUCCACCCACCAUGGAAGGCGACUGUCUGAGCUGCAUGAAGUACUUAAUGUUUGUUUUCAACUUCUUCAUAUUCCUGGGAGGCACCUGCCUGCUGGGCGUGGGCAUCUGGGUCAUGGUGGACCCCACCGGCUUCCGGGAGGUGGUGGCGGCCAACCCUCUGCUCUUCACCGGGGCCUACGUCCUGCUGGCCAUGGGCGGCCUGCUCUUCCUCCUGGGCUUCCUGGGCUGCUGCGGGGCCGUCCGCGAGAACAAGUGUCUGCUGCUGUUUUUCUUCCUGUUCAUCCUGAUCAUCUUCCUGGCGGAGCUCUCGGUGGCGGUCCUCGCCUUCAUCUUCAGGGAAAACCUCACGCGGGAGUUCUUCACCAAGGAGCUCACCAAGCACUACCAGGGCGACAACGACACGGACGUCUUCUCCGCCACCUGGAACUCGGUCAUGGUCACCUUCGGCUGCUGUGGAGUCAACGGGCCUGAAGACUUCAAAUUCGCAUCAAUUUACCAAAUGCUGGCCCGAGACCGCGAGGAGGUGCCCGAGGCCUGCUGCCGGCGGGAGCCCCAGGGGCGGAAAGGGGUCCUGCUGAACAGGGAGGAGUGCGUCUCGGGGAGGAGCCUGUUCAUCAACACGCAGGGCUGCUACGCGGUGAUCCUCAACACCUUCGAGACCUACGUCUACCUGGCGGGGGCGCUGGCCAUCGGGGUCCUGGCCAUCGAGCUUUCCGUCAUGAUCUUCGCCAUGUGCCUCUUCCGGGGCAUCCAGUAGGGGGCGUGGCCUGAGGACUGGCCCCGCCCACCAAG